ACCAACACCCAAACACGCACACAAACGUCUCUCUCUCUCUCUCUCUCUCUAAAUCCAAUCAAAAUCCAUGGCAGAUGUAUCCAGACCAAUCUCCGUCGCCGGCGCCCGCCGCCAACCCAGCCGGCUCCAGCGCCGCGCGCCGGCUUCGCUUCAGAUCAGCCCCGUCUCUGACUGGAACGUCGCCAUCCCUCUCCUUUCUCCGCUCGCCUCUCCCUCAUCGCCUCCGCCGCCGCCGAACUCCAAGCCGCUCGAUCGGACGGCCGACAAUAAAUCUCGCGACGCCGACUCCGACAAGCCGCCGGUCGUCGUCUUCAAGAAGUGGCAGGCGCACCCGGCAGCUCCCUUCUCCUACGAGCCGCCGAAGAUCGUCCGCCCCUUCGUGCCGGCAUAGAUUUGUUCGCUCGUUGCUCGAUCAAAUACCGCGGGGAAUUAGUCAGUAGAUCUAACGGUGUAUGUUUGACCU